GACGUGAGCGCAUUUCAACGGAGGCGGGACUUCCGGCUACUCGUAAACCAACUGAGGCCUCUCCAUGCGGUGUUGAUCUAUUGGACUCGUAGCUAACACCGAAACGACAGACACAAUGGCCGAGAACGACGUUGAUAAUGAGCUGCUCGAUUAUGAAGAAGAUGAGGAGCCUCAAGGAGCCCCUGAGAGCGCAGCCCCCGCAGGCAAGAAGGAGGUGAAGGGUUCCUACGUUUCCAUCCACAGCUCUGGCUUCAGAGAUUUUCUGCUUAAACCAGAGCUGCUCCGUGCCAUCAUCGACUGUGGUUUCGAGCAUCCGUCUGAAGUCCAGCAUGAGUGCAUCCCACAAGCCAUCCUGGGCAUGGACAUCCUUUGCCAAGCCAAAUCUGGUAUGGGCAAGACAGCUGUGUUUGUGCUGGCCACACUGCAACAGAUUGAACCUGUUGAUGGACAGGUGUCUGUAUUAGUCAUGUGCCACACACGAGAGCUGGCCUUCCAGAUCAGUAAAGAGUACGAGCGUUUCUCCAAGUACAUGCCCACGGUAAAAGCAGCAGUGUUCUUCGGUGGCCUGGCUAUCAAGAAGGACGAGGAAGUCUUGAAGAAGAACUGCCCUCACAUCGUCGUCGGAACGCCGGGCCGCAUCCUCGCUCUCAUUCGGAACAAGACCCUCACUCUGAAGAACGUCAAGCAUUUUGUCCUGGAUGAGUGUGACAAAAUGUUGGAGCAGCUAGACAUGAGACGUGACGUACAGGACAUCUUCAGGAUCACACCUCAUGAGAAGCAGGUCAUGAUGUUCAGCGCAACAUUGAGUAAAGAGAUCCGACCAGUCUGCCGCAAAUUCAUGCAGGAUCCCAUGGAAGUAUUUGUGGACGACGAGACCAAACUCACACUCCACGGCCUGCAACAGUACUACUGCAAGCUGAAGGACAGCGAGAAGAACCGCAAGCUCUUUGACCUGCUUGACGUGUUGGAGUUCAACCAGGUGGUGAUCUUUGUCAAGUCAGUUCAGCGCUGCAUCGCUCUGUCCCAGCUUCUGGUGGAACAAAAUUUCCCUGCCAUUGCCAUCCACAGGGGAAUGGCUCAGGAGGAGAGACUGUCUCGCUAUCAGCAAUUCAAGGACUUCCAAAGGCGGAUCUUGGUGGCCACCAACCUCUUUGGCCGAGGGAUGGACAUUGAGCGAGUCAAUAUCGUCUUCAACUACGACAUGCCAGAAGAUUCUGACACCUAUUUGCACAGGGUUGCCCGUGCUGGUAGGUUUGGGACCAAAGGCCUGGCUAUAACCUUUGUGUCUGACGAGACCGAUGCCAAGAUUCUGAACGACGUGCAAGACCGCUUUGAGGUCAAUGUGGCUGAGCUGCCAGAUGAGAUUGACAUCUCCUCUUACAUUGAGCAGUCCAGAUGAGUACUCCAGCCAAGCAGAAGUCUUCUUUCCAUGGAUCUUGUGUCUUAUAGUUGGAAAUAGACGUACUUCACUGUUAAUUUGAAAGCUCUGCUCGUUCCCUUUGUUCACCAAACAUUUAUUUUUAUUGUCAGUUUUGGGGACGGGGGGUAUUAUGGUUGAUUUUAAUUUGUCUUUUACUGUCUGUUUUUGCUCAAUGAAAUUAAAACUUUUUAUAAAAUGCCAUUUCACUAUUGUGAUCUCUUGUGAGGCUAUUGUCUCUACCCCAUUUUCAUUGAUUUCAGUCUCCAGCAGAGCUUCAGGGAAACGUUCAGAGACGUAGUUCUGAGGAACAUGUAAAAGUGAUUUUUAGCCUUUUUUAAAUGUUCAAACUAGUUUUUGUAUAGGACGUUUUUGUGUUUUUGUUUUUCCCCCAAUGCAGAAGAGUUGAUCUUUACAAAGUAAUCAAGUAGUCAUGUAGUGACAUUUAAGUAAAGACAGGAUUUUAGAUCACAUGGCAGCUCUUUGUUUGAAUUUCCAAUUGAAUGCCUCCAAUAAAUGACGUCACCAAGUAGAGUCCUAGUAGUGAAUUUGCAAGUUUUGAUACAAGUAUGUCAUCAGCGCAUUGUAUAAAAUAAUUGAUGCUUAACAUGUAUCUGUUGGUAUCUUGUUUUUGAAGUAAAACACAACUACACAAAAACAUGACAUUAAUUGUAUGUGUGUCCAUUAAAUGAGCAAAAACUU